UUUAAUUAUCAUCAUUAUCAUGGGGACCCCCGGGAAGCCCUUUAACGACCCUGGAGGCACCCUGGACCCCACGUUGGGAACCACUAAUGAUGUGCCAUGAAGUGCUCCCCCUCCAGGCUGGCCGGUGACAGACAGGUGGCGCUGGUUCACCCGCGCUGGUGGGUCGGCCAGUCGGGAGGAACAGAAGUUUGUUCUGCGCUGUGUUUUUACGCAGGCGCAGACCGCGCUGUUUGUCCAGUUUCGCUGGUUGACUUUUACCUGUGAGGUAGACUAGUUUCGGUUCGCCGGUGGGAAACAGCAAAAACAAACCACCGGGGUCCGGUCAGGAGGUGGUGAGACUUUCCUCCUUCCCUCCGCGGCUCCUUGUGACUCCCCACUGCGGAGCGUCGGACGGGAUUUCUCCGGGAAUUGUGCGCAACAGCGAGCCAAGCAGGAGGAGGCAGGUGCACGGGAGAGGACAGGACAGGGGGAGGAGAAGGAGGAGGAGGAGGAGGGCUGCUUGUGUUUCCGUGAGGGAGUCCUGCUGUUCACACCGAAUGAUUGGAAAUCAACUGGUUGGUCGAUCCGUGUUAGUUUGAUUAGUAUGCGGCUGGAGUCCCCCGCUGCUGCCGACAUCCAGCCGGAGGACUGAUCGGCAGCCCUGAAGUCUCCCCCGAGCCUGCUGAGUGACUCCUCGCCCCGGGGAGGAGGAGGAGGAGGAGGAGGCGGCGGCAGUAAAAGCAGGACCCCGGCUGGGAGCAGUUUUCACGGACACACGGACCUCUUCACCUUGUGGAUCAGGAAGAUGAUGGGCUUUCUGCGCCGGACGUUCAGCCGCCGCUCCCGGAGCCGCUUCCAGACCAGAGAGAGGGACGAGCGGGACGGUAAAGGAGGAGGAGGAGGAGGAGGAGCAGGAGGGGUGACCGGGAACCCCCUGCUCCUGGCCCAUCAGCAGCAGGUCGUACACGCGCCCGCCGUGGUCACCGGGGGAGCGGCGGUUCACAUCCCGGCGGCCGGGACGGCGAGGACCACCAUCACCUGCCGCGUCCUGCUGCUGGACGGUUCCGAUGUCAACGUGGACCUGCCUAGUAAAUCCAAAGGCCAGGACCUUUUCGACCAGAUCAUGUAUCACAUAGACCUGGUGGAGACAGACUACUUUGGAUUGCAGUACAUGGACACAGAACAAGUCUCGCACUGGCUCGACAUGUCCAAGCUUAUAAAGAAACAGAUCCGAGACGGGCCUCCAUACAGACUGUUCUUCAGAGUGAAAUUUUAUUCCUCAGAGCCAAAUAACCUGCGCGAGGAAUUUACAAGGUAUCUGUUUGUGUUGCAGCUUCGACAAGAUAUCCUGUCUGCCAAAUUGAAAUGUCCAUACGACGUCUCGGUAGAGCUGGCGGCAUUUUGUUUACAAAGUGAGCUGGGAGACUGCGACCCCUUGGACCACUCUCCUGAGCUGGUGUCUGAGUUUCGUUUCACUCCCAAACAGAGCGAGGCCAUGGAGGCGGACAUCUUCAGCAGGUGGUUGGAGCUCAGGGGGAAGAGUCCGUCUCAAGCAGAGAUCUGUUUUCUCAACAAAUGCAAGUGGCUGGAACUUUACGGAGUAGAUAUGCACUUUGUCAAGGGCAGAGAUGGAGGAGAAUAUGCACUAGGUCUCACUCCGACUGGCAUUUUAGUAUUUGAAGGCUCCAACAAAAUUGGCCUCUUCUUUUGGCCCAAAAUCACUCGGCUGGACUUUAAAAAGAGUCGACUCACGCUGGUCGUGGUGGAGGACGACGAUCAGGGUCGUGAGCAGGAGCACACGUUUGUGUUCCAGCUGGCCAGCUCCAAGAGCUGCAAACACCUGUGGAAGUGUGCGGUGGAAAGCCACGCUUUCUUCCGGCUGCGCCAACCAACCACGGGCAAGGCCAGCCGCAAUGACUUCACACGACUUGGGUCUCGCUUCAGAUUCAGUGGUAAGACAGAGUAUCAGGCCACUCACGGAGGCAGGCUGAGGAGAGCCAGCACAUUUGAGAGAAGGCCGAGCAAGAGAUACCCCUCCCGCACACAGUCGCUGGGCAAAGCCUCCAUUUCUCCAGCAAAGCCGCCACAUAUCAGCUCUCACGCCAGCCCUGAUCCCAGCCUGCAUCCAUACCGGCACAACAUUCCUAUUGGCCACGAGCCGUGGCACCCGGCUCUCACGCCGCCAGUUUACCUGCAGCCCUCCGGACACACGCCGUCACACAGUUUCCCUCUGAGUGGUCCUGCUUCAGAUCAUCAGUUCAGCGUCGAAGAGAAUGAGACUUCGUACUCUGGCAAGAUCCACCAUCAUCACCGCCGCCACACACACAGCCAGGACACGCUCUGCCACACACACACCAAGAACAAACGCCGCGCUCCUCCCUGUCCUGCAGAUGGGUUGGACAUCUCUCAGUCUCUGCUCAAGGCUCUGGAGUCAGACAGUGAUUCUCCCCCCUGGCCUUCGCUGCACGUCAACAUGGACAAGGGAGAGGAGAAGCAGCUGUCUGAAAAGUCUCUGCACCCUCCUGCCUCCCCGGCGAUGCUUCCUGAUCAUCUUAAGUGUAACAUCCUUAAGGCCCAGAUGGAGGCGGCUUUCAGGAAGGAAGCUCCCACAACGCCCAGAGGGAAGAACUCAAAUGAGACCCUCAAUGACAGGUAUCAGAGCUCAUCCCAAGACUCAGCUGCAUCCAGUCUAACCGCAGAAAAGACGCCACACUGGCAAGACCGCAACCCGACGCCAGAGAGGCUGCAGCCCAAAGCCAACGCCAGCAGCAACCGCAGAAAACGGCUGGUCAGACAGUUCAGCUUUAACCACGAAGAUGAAGAUAAUCUCCCAGAAGCACUUGCAGCCAUCUCCUCCCAGAGUACAGGAAAGUCGGGCUCGACCAGCUCAUUGGACAAACAGAUCCAGCCGUCCAUAUACCCACAGGUGGAUAAUAUGCCAGCACUGGAGCUGGGUAGUCCAUGCUGUCCCUCUCCUUCGCCUUCUCCCCAUCUCUCCCCUUCUUACUACCGUAGCUCCAUCCCUCACCUGGCCCCUUACCUCGCUGCCCAUAACGACAGCGGCGAGGAAAUGAGGCUGGACCGGGAGAAGAUACUAAGAGCCCUCCUGAUGACGGAGCUGUGAGACCUUGACCCUUGACCCCUGUGACAUUUUCGCCAAGUGCAGGAGACCCGCAGUUAAAUGAGGAAAGUGUGAACAGAGGAGCCAAAGUCGUUGGCUACAAUUAACAUUUGUACAUUUGCAUACGACAUUCAGCACUUAUAAAUAUAUAUUUGCAUAAAGGCAAUUGUUAUAUUUGCUCACAUGUUAUUUUAGAGGGACGAUUCUUUAUACUCAUCAAACUGUAAAAACAAAGUGAGAGAGAACAAAACAGACUCACUGACCGACACUCACACACACACACACACACACGUUACAGACGAGCUACACAUGUGACUGGUGCUGCCUGCAUGAUAAAUAUGUUACAUGAUGAGAUAUUUAUCGGAUUUACUUUGGGGUUAUGCUUAACUUUUACCGA